AUGUCGGUACAUAGUGAGUUCGCGGGAGCCGGGAGAUUUCAGAGAAUAUCGUAAACUGUUUUCAGAACGCUCUAGAAGUAAUAAUGCUAGUUCGAAAACUGUCAAUGACAAUGAGACUAUGACAAAUGGCGAGAGAAAGGCGAUGAAGAAGUGUAUCGUGAAAUUUGUGGCGAGAGUCCUUGAAAAAGGUCCAACUGGUUUGCGUGGCGAAUUUCAGAGCAUGAAAAGAUCGAAUGAUUUUGAAAAAAUGAAGGCGUUCAAAGAAGCUCAGGAAGCCGGCAAGAAUCGCUAUAAAGAUGUGGGAUGUUUGGACAAUUCACGUGUCAAGUUGGGAAACCCUUGGCCUCAUGAAUAUAUCCAUGGAAACUAUGUUUCAACACCGCUCAACCCGAAGCGUUUUAUCUGCACUCAAGCACCGCUGGAGAAGACUUGCGCUGAUUUUUGGUUCAUGUGCCUUCAGGAACAUGUUGAAACCAUCUUCAUGCUUUGCAACUUCAUGGAGAAAGGCACCAAGAAAUGUCACGAAUAUUUCCCCACGAAAGACAAGCCGGAAACUUUGACAUUUGAAGAAGGCAGCCAUAAGAUCACAGUGCGCUUCGAAUCUUCAAGAGUCGUCAAAUUCAAGGGGCGAGAUAUUAAGGCGAAAGUUGUUGAGACGAUAUUAUCGGUUGAAGGACCAAAUGAUAUGUCAGUCAAAACAACUCACUAUCAUUGGAUCGAUUGGCCGGAUCGUGGAGUUCCGCCAGCUGAUUUGGCCAUCAUUGAUCUUCUUGCGAAAGCCAGAGUUUCGAAGUGAGUUUUUUUUUAAAUUUUGGAUUUGAUGGCACUUUUUUCUUCAAAUCUUGAUGAAAAUUUGUCCAAAGACAGCUUUUGCGGUCAUAAAAGCACCCUGAAAAUUUUAGUGGAGCUCUGAGCCAAGUUCUGGGCUCUCAAAAGUUCAAAAAUGGCCAACAUUGGCUCAUAAAACACAUUGAUCAAUUUUAUGAAAAACUGAGUAGCAGAUAAUGAUCAGCGUGGUCGAUUUACCCAAAAAACAUCGUCGAACAUUCAGAAAAAAUUUUGAUUUUGGAAAAAAAGAAUGAAAAAACUUCAAAAUUUUUCGAAAUACUGAAUUUUAUUGAUUUUAUUUUAGUAAAAACUAUGCUGAUCAAUAUCUGAAAUUUUAUUUCUCAUGAAAAUUAUUUUGAAAUGGAGCUAUGAUGACUUUUGAGAGCCCAGAACUUGGCUCAGUGGUCCAUUGGGUAACUAAAUUUUUUAGGGUGUUUUAUGACCCCAAAAGCUGUCUAUGGGCAAAAUUUGAAGUGUUGAGUAAAAAAGGUUCCUUUGUAAGAAAAACUUAAUUUCCAGAGGUCCAAUCGCUGUCCACUGCUCAGCUGGAAUCGGAAGAACUGGAAGUGUUGUGAUGAUUGAAUAUGUCAUGGAGCAAAUCUUGAGUAAUCAACCGAUUGAAGACACUGACAAGAUUCUUCUGAAGAUUCGUGAGCAACGCAACAACUCUGUUCAAACUGAUCAUCAAUAUUUGUUUGUCCACCAAGUUUUGAUGAAUUAUUUUCGUCAACGCAAACUUUUGGAUGCCAAUGUUGAAGGUCAUCACGACGACUUCACCAAGACCUAUUUGAAGAUGGUUAUUUAG